AAGUGCUAGGUCUGGGAAGGGUGACUUCUAAAAGGGCUAGCCUCACCUUCAGUUCACCCAAAGGCUUCCUAAGAGUUCUCUGAAGAAUAUCCAGGAGCUAAACCGUUUGAAGCUCUGGGGGCGUCCAGAGGAGGAGGAAUUUGCCAGAACUUUUUAGAUGACCUUGCAAGAGAUACCUGGAGCUGAGACAGUGGUGACGUGUUCUCACUCCUCACUUGGAGAUGGCGGCUCCUCGGUUUUCCCUCUGUGUCCUCAUGGUUGCCUUGCUCACUUGCUCUGUGAUCGCUUAUCCCAAUGGAAAAGUACCAAUGUCCUGUGGUGGGAUGAUCCCCCAACACCGCCACAGCCCACAGUCUGAGCCUAUUCACCAAAUCACCGUGAGUCAGAUGACGUUCAAACCUGGAGACCAGAUCAAAGUUACUUUAUCAGGACCACCAUUUAGAGGCUUCCUUUUAGAAGCUCGUGAUGCUGAGGAUGUGAGUGGCCCUCCUAUUGGCUCCUUCACUCUGAUUGACAGUGAAGAGUCACAGCUUCUGACCUGUGAAGAUGUACAGGGACUAGCUGUGAGUCAUACAAGUUCAUCCAAGAAGACAGAAAUUAAAGUCUACUGGAAUGCGCCAAGCAGUGCCCCAGAUCACAUACGAUUUCUAGCUACAGUUGUUGAGAAAUAUAAAACCUACUGGGUGAAGAUUCCGAGUCCUGUAAUUUCCCAACCAAACGCUCCUCCCUUUACAACGCCUAAAGCUACAACACAACCUGUGACCACAACACCUUCUGUCUCGCACUUAACCAAACCAUUCAGUGCCUCCGAGUGUGGGAACAAGAAGUUCUGUGUCAGGAAUCCUUUGAACUGUGAUCCAGAGAAUGAGUCUUCAUGCAUCUUCUUGUCCUUUGUCAGAGAUAACCAGUCGGUGAUGGUUGAAAUGAGCGGACCCAGUGACGGCUACGUGUCGUUUGCACUUUCUCAUGACCAAUGGAUGGGUGAUGAUGACGCUUACUUGUGUAUCCACGAGGACCAGACAGUGAAUAUUCAGCCUUCCUACUUGACAGGGAGAAGCUAUCCUGUGAUGGACUCCAGGGGAACCCUCGAGGAUAUGGCCUGGAGGCUGGCAGAUGGCGUCAUACAGUGUUCCUUCAGAAGAAACAUCUCCCUUCCUGAGGUUAAGAACAGAUUCGCGCUGAAUGAAAGUUACUACAUAUUCUUUGCGGAAGGCGCAGCGCAGGACGGCCGAAUUUUUAGGCACUCUCAGCAACCUUUGAUAACCUAUGAAAAAUAUGAUGUGACAGGCCCUCCAAAGAACGUAGGAGGGUCCCGCUCUUCACCCCUUCUGAAGGCUCACGGCGCCUUAAUGUUUGUGGCCUGGAUGACCACAGUCAGCAUAGGAGUCCUGGUUGCCCGGUUCUUCAGAUCUGUUUGGUCAAAAGCUUUCUUCCUUGGGGAAGCAAUUUGGUUUCAGGUGCAUCGGAUGCUCAUGGUGGCCACCUCUGUGCUCACCUGCAUCGCUUUUGUUUUGCCUUUUGUGUACCGAGGAGGCUGGAGUCGGCGUGCAGGCUAUCACCCGUACCUCGGUUGUGCAGUGAUGACUUUAGCUGUUCUUCAGCCCCUGCUGGCAACCUUCAGACCAUCUUUACACGACCCAAGGAGGCCAGUGUUUAACUGGACUCACUGGAGUGUGGGGACAGCGGCUAGAAUAAUAGCAGUGGCUGCAAUGUUCCUGGGAAUGGAUUUGCCAGGAUUGAAUCUUCCCAGUCCACAGAAGACGUAUGCAAUGAUGGGGUUUGUGCUCUGGCACAUCGGGACUGAGAUCAUUCUGGAGAUACAUGCUUACCGGCUCUCUAGAAAAGUUGAAAUCCUGGACGACGAUAGAAUUCAGAUCCUUCAGUCACUGACGGUAGCUGAAGCAGAGGGCCAUAUUUUUAAGAAGGUGGUGUUGGCAGUUUACAUAUGUGGGAAUGUGACUUUUCUCAUGAUAUUCUUAUCUGCAAUCAACUAUGUAUGAGCACAAAAAGACUUUUAUUAUUAUUAUUAUUAUUAUUUUUGUGGGCCUGGGUCAUGAUGAUCAUCAAAAUGAGAGAGACCUGAAGCUUGUACUGAUCUCCUGGAGCACACGCACUAAUGCAGAAGACCCGUGGGCAUCCUAUAGAGGAAUUCUGAAGUAUGGUCUUCCUAGCUCACAUUCAAGUGGACUAAAUAACCUGUGCACUGAUGUCAAUCAAACCUUUAUGUGUAAUUCUGCAUCCUGAAGGGAACAUUGGACCAGAGAUGACGUGACUCAACAUCUCAUGCCAGAUUUAAAACAGUAAACUGGAAUGGAUAGCAAGUGAAGACAAUUAUCUCAGGCAAAGAAUAAACGGAGAUUGUAUCUUUGGGAAUGAGACAGGUUUUGUGUAGCCUAGGGUUGGCCCCUGACUGGCUGUAUAUCCAAAGAUAGCCCCCAACCUCUGAUCUUCCUGCCUCUGUUUCCUGGGUGCUGAUAUUACAGGUGUGCACCACUGUCUCUGGUUUUAGGGGGACUGUGAUGUUCAUGACGAUACUGCUGUGGUAUUUCAAGGAAUACAUUUAUGUUGACUACUUUAUUUAAGAGAUUUUAUCUUAGAUUUUUUAAAAAAAUUUACUACAUUUUCUUUGUAUUGCAUACACCCAUAGAUACACACACACAUACACACACACACCAAACAAAUAAAACCUACAAGAAAAAACAAA